AUGGAUUUAGCUAAGUCUCUAUUUAGCUCACGCGAUCAUGUUGGAUAUGUGGGACGUGAAGAACAUGAACGCAAAAUCAGUGCAGCGUUAGCAGAUGAUGACCCAGAAGAUAUAAUCGAUGCUAUUCGUGGAAUGAAUGUUGCUGACGAAUUAUUACCAGCUCCAGGAGGACCAUUUUCUGCUUUAACUGCAAGUAUGGUUCCCCAAGAUAUUAUGGCAAAGUUAGCACAACCAGAAUCGGAAGGUCAUGGUGGAGGAUUACCGGACUAUAGAUUUGACGAAUUUGGCUUUUGUGUUGAGGAAGAAGAUGGUCCUGAACAAAGCUCUAAUAAAUUGCUCGCCAAUGUUUUUGUUGAAGAUGAUCAACAUCGUCUUCAAUGGGAGUUUUACAGCAAGGAAAUAAGUUUCUCAGAAAGUGAAAAUAAACUGGAAAAAACAGAUAAAUUACAGAAAAUGGUGAAAGAUGGAGUUCCUCAUUCUCUGCGUCCUCAAGUCUGGAUGAACUUAUGUGGUGCUAAUAAAAAAAGAGCAUCAACAGAGAUUACUUAUCAUGAAAUUGUUAGAGCAUCUAGUGAUGAUGGAUUGGUAACAAGUAAACAGAUUGAAAAAGAUUUAGUACAAAUUUUACCUAACAAUGUUUGUUUUUCUCAUCCAACUAGUACUGGUGUCCCUAGGCUUAGGCGUAUUCUUAGAUCUUUAGCUUGGUUAUAUCCAGAUAUUGGUUACUGUCAAGGUACAGGUAUGAUUGCAGCAUCACUUUUAUUACUCAUGGAAGAAGAAGAAGCGUUUUGGAUCAUGUGUACUACUGUUGAAGAUCUUUUACCAGCAUCAUAUUAUUCUUCAACAUUAAUUGGUAUACAAGCUGAUCAAAAAGUUUUACGAAGUUUAAUUUCAACAUAUCUACCAGGUAUUGAUCAAGUCCUUAAUGCUCAUGACAUUGAGCUCUCACUUAUUACAAUGCACUGGUUUCUUACUUUAUAUGCAAAUGUAGUUCAUAUGAAAAUUUUACUAAGGGUUUGGGAUCUAUUCUUUCUAGAUGGUUCUAUAGUACUCUUUAAAGUGACAUUAGCCAUGCUUAAAAUCAAAGAAAAUAGAUUUAAUGAAAUAUCAAAUUCUGCACAGAUUUUUAAUGCAUUAUCAGAUAUUCCUGGAGAAAUUGAUGAUGUAGAUCUCUUAAUUAAAACGAUAGAUGAAGUGUGUGGUGAGACUCUUAGCCCAGCAUUGAUUGAAACCCACCGCAGAAGACAUUUGGCUUAUCUUAUGGCUGACCAAGGUGCUUUAGUUGGAAAUCCAAAUGCAGUACCAAAUCUUCCAAAACAGCAGUUACAAAGACGUCAAAUCAAGAGAAGUAAGUCAGUGAUCCAAACUAUUCUCUUUGGUGAUGACAGUAACAAUGAAGAUGCUGUAUCUAAGAAUGUUAAACAAACAGAAAUUCUAGUUGACUUAAGGGAAGCGAUAUUACAAGUUGCCCGUCAUUUUCUUGCCCUGGAACCUCAAUUGGCAUCUGAGGUUCAACUAACAGCUGAUUAUAGUAUGCAAAGUCACGCAGCAGAUAGGGAACGAUAUGUCAAUGUAUCCAGAAGCAAAAGAAGGCGAGCUAAAGCUUUACUUGACUUUGAAAGAAGAGAUGGUGAUGAGUUGGGUUUCAGAAAAAAUGAUGUGAUAGAAGUUAUAAGUUCUAGAGAUGAACAUUGCUGGAUCGGAGAAUUAAAUGGUUUAAGAGGCUGGUUUCCGGCACGUUUUGUUAAAUUAUUAGAUGAAAAAGGAGUUAAGUACAGCAGGGCUGGUGAUGACUCGGUAACAGAAAAAGCUGCUCAUCUAGUGAGAGGUGUUCUAGCCCCAGCUUUUAAGAGAGUUUUAUUACAUGGUAUCAAAAAACCUAGUUUCUUAGAUGGUCCUUGCCAUCCAUGGCUGUUUAUAGAAGAAGCUUCAUCAAGGGAAGUAGAAAAAGAUUUCAAUUCUGUAUAUAGUCGCUUAGUUUUGUGUAAAACAUACAGAUUAGAUGAAGAUGGCAAAGUACUUACACCAGAAGAAUUAUUAUACAGAUGCGUUCAAGCAAUUAAUCUUUCUCAUGACAAUGCCCAUGCACAAAUGGAUGUAAAAUUACGCACCUUGAUUUGUAUGGGAUUAAAUGAAGAGGCUUUACAUUUAUGGUUGGAAGUAUUAUGUUCUUGUGUAGAUGUGGUGCAGAAAUGGUAUCAUCCCUGGUCAUUCAUUAAUUCUCCUGGCUGGGUUCAAAUUAAAUGCGAGUUGAGAAUUUUAUCUCAGUUUGGUUUUAAUCUAAAUCCUGAUUGGGAGCUUCCACUCAAAAAAGAUACGCAAAAUCAACCACUGAAAGAAGGUGUGAGAGAUAUGCUGGUUAAACAUCAUUUGUUUUCUUGGGAUCUG